CUCCUUUCGUUCUCAGAGCCUUCCCAGAUCGAGAGAGAGAGCGAAUCCGUUCGCAAGCCCGGAUGCCUCGAUACCCGAGGUCAAGAACUGUGAUACCCUUGGCACCCGAGAUGCACCCGACGAUACUCGAGAUACGGUCACUCUGAUCCUUCAGAACGCCGUGAACCCAGAACGUCAGUGUGCGUCGGGUUUUAUCGGGCGCGUAUCGAUACACUGAGGACGAUGCGACCCAGGCUUGAUCCCGAGCUCGGCGUCGCUAAGAAGGACGACGAUCACUUCGUCAAGGAUGGCAAGUCACCGACUGGGUGGAGGGUGAAGAACGCUCCCCGGAUACCUCCUCGAAAGACAUUCCGACGUCUCGGCCUCCUGAUCCUCUUGGCCGUUGCGGUUUACGUCUUCAUCGCCCACAUGCCCACCGAUCUGGGCCCGCAGGACAAGCGACGCCCCGUAUAUACCUAUUCCAAUGGCAUUGUGCCUCCCGGGGGCGUUCCCCAGCAGCCUAGACCUCCUGUGUCCAAUGGGGUCCUCGAGAUAGACACUGCCGCAGCGUCGGCCACUCGCAACUACAAUGGUGCCGUCAGGUUCUUGGAGCUGGCAGAGACGCUACAUGCAAUCAGUGCGACAAAGGGCGACUCUGUGUCAAAUCUCAACGUGCUGUUUAUGGCGUCAACCUUGAAGAGCGCGAAUGACCUACUCCCCAUUGCAUGCCAGAUGGGGCGAGAGCUGAGGUCCUACGUCCACUUUGCGUUGAUGUCCAGGGAUGAAAUACCAGUGCAGCAACUUAAGGAUGUCAACGGUAUAGGCGAGGACUGCCACAUUAUUUUCCAUGAUGCCCGCCCCGAGUUUGCAGCCCUGUCCACGGAUGAGAGGUUCGAGAAAUGUGUCAGCCGAGCGUUAUACCAUAUAAACAACUAUAUGCACCCACAAGCCAUCCUUGUGGACUCGUCAGAUGCAGAAGAACCCCUGUUUCUAAAGUCGAUGCGACAAACAGUGUCGAAAAUGGGGAUACAAGCAGCCGUCAUUGAACUGCCUACGAACCCCGAGGAGCGGCUGGGCUGGAUCACCAAGCUCGAUGCAUCAUCUCUUCUGCCCUGGAACUUGCUUACCGUGGAAAUAUUGAUCCACGCCCACACGGACGCAUCUGGGAGCCUCAUCAGGCUGCUCAAGUCCCUGAGUGCUGCAGACUAUACUGGUUGCACAAUACCUCAUCUCACCAUCGAACUACCCGAGCAUGUCGACCCACCUACGAGCGGAUUUCUUCAAAAUUUCCAGUGGCCGCCUCGGGAUCCGCGUCAACCAGCAAGUGCGAACCAGUUGACCCUGAGGCAUCGUGUCUCGAGGCGUGGUAUGACCGAGGAGGAGAGCUCGGCGCGGUUCCUCGAGGGCUUCUGGCCAGCAAAUCCGCGCUUGUCUCACGUGCUCGUACUCUCGCCGCAAGCUGAGCUCUCGCCAAAUUUCUUCCACUACCUCAAGAUGGCGAUUCUCGAGUAUCGCUACUCAAAGCACGCCAUCAGUGGAGCCUGGGAUCAGAGGCUCUUCGGCAUCAGCCUCGACCUGCCGUCGACAGAUCUGAGCGGGUCUGGCCCGUUUACUCCACCAUUGAACAUGCCUGUGGGGUCAGAAGUGCCCGGCUUGCCGGAGGGCCCGACAUCUUUCCUUUGGCAAGCACCCAACAGCAAUGCCAUGUUGUUCACGGGAGAAAAGUGGGCCGAGCUGCACGGCUUCGUGUCCCAGCUCCUAGAGGUGCAGCACAGCAGUACGACCCCACCGGCGAUCUUGUCCGAGAAGGUGGUGAGCAAGGGCCAUCCGGCUUGGAUGGAACAUGCCCUGCGGCUCUGUCGGGGUCGAGGAUACUGGACACUCUACCCAAGCGCGGAAUUGGCAGCGAACCUGGCGACAGUCCACAACGAGCUCUACCGCCCACCGGAAGAAUACGAGAGCGACGGGCCGGCCCCGCAGCAGCAGCAGCAGCAGCACGACGACGAGGACGAAGUGGUCAUCCACCGUACGACCCUAGUGGACAGCCUUCCCAACAAUGGGCUCCUCCCCAGCUUCCAGGAGAUGCCGCUUCUCGCUUGGGAUGGCUCGAGAGCCGGGCUUGGGGAUUUUGACGAGGCUUCGAUACUCUACGCGACACAGUUCAGGCGGACGGCUGGUGGCUGUGAUGAGGAAGCUGCCUCGAGACCUUCCACGUCUCUGUUCUGCGCACGUGAUGAUGGAAUCUGAUUAGGCACAGCGCAACAAUCGAAGAGGGGAAUGCUAAGUGAAUCGUAGGGCGUCCAGGAGCGAGGCUGGUCCGGGCUCAGGUGUUUUGUAUAUACCAUACGCUUCGCAUGCACAAAAGCCAAGGGGCACAUGAGAUGGGGCGACGGGUCAAGGUCAUUUAAAAACAGAGAAAACAGUUGCUUGUACUAUUCAAAUGGACGCUUUUUCUUUUGGUAUGAAGAACCAGACGCUAUUAGCCAGUGUCCUCGCUUAUCCUAUUUAUGACCAGUAAGGCCACACACGUGGCGAAGAU